GUACCGAGUCGCAGUCCGACUAGAAUCGGGCUGAGCGUGGAAGUAUCUAUUUAAGGCCGUUACCUGCGCCGAAAACAGCGUAGAGAUCGUCUCUCCUGCCUCUCUCUCUCUCUCAAACCCUAGGUUUUGGCUUGGCUGCAAGCGACCAAUCCCUCCUGCAAGCGAUAUUCUUAUUCUCCUCUCUCUGUUAUCGAUUGUGUUAAUUUCGUCAGUACAUAUCAGGAUUGGUGGUCAGGGUUUUACUGCUCUGAUUUGCUGGGUACUUCCUGCAAGUCAAAUCCAGAGAUGGCAUUCCCAACUGCAACUCCUGUGCGUACCCCAAGUCCACAAGAAGUUGGCAGUGCAUUUAUCAAACAGUAUUACCCAAUUCUUCAUCGAGGGCCAGAAAGUGCCUACAAAUUCUAUCAGGACUCUAGCAUUAUUAGUCGUCCUGAUUCCAAUGGAGUAAUGGCAUCAGCCACUACAACGCAAGCCAUCAAUGAUAUGAUAUUGUCAAUGGACUAUAAGAGAUAUGAAGUAAAGAUAUGGACCGCAGAUUCACAACCCUCAUACGAUGAGGGGGUGAUUGUCUUAGUUACUGGAUGCUUGAUUGGAACCGAUAAGAUCCCACGGAAAUUUACUCAAACAUUUUUUCUUGCCCCACAGAUGGGAGGUUUUUUCGUUCUUAAUGAUGUUUUUAGAUUUUUGGAUGAAAGCCAGCCAGAUGGAAUCAAUCAAAGUUUAGUUAGUACCACCAUAGAUGGUGCUGCGACUGAUUCAAAGCUGACUUUGGUGCAAGACAGUCAUGUACCAGACCCUGCAACUGUCAUUUCUGAGGCGAAGCUUGCCAGUGCUGAGGAAGCUUCUAUCCCAUCAGAAAAUGGAGGCCUAGUUGUUCAAGAUAAGGUUACUGUAGAUCCACCAGUUCAACCACAUAUAGCUUGUGAAAUAAGGACUUCCAUUGCUCAAGAAGAUGUGCCUAAGAAGUCCUAUGCAUCAAUUGUUAAAGAUAUGAAAGGAAGUGCAUCAAGUAAACCAGUUUAUGUUCCUACUACCAAGUUGCAGCCAGCCCCCACAAACCCUGAGAAACCAUUUAUACAAUCCACUGCUCCUAGUCUUACACCUGAAGUUCUUGCUAGAAAGAACGAUACAAUCUCUGAGAGCAGCAAUUCUAGCAAUUCCCAUGAAGGUCAUUCCAUUUAUAUUGGGAAUCUGCCCCUGAAUGCCACAGCUCGACAAGUCGAGGAGGAGUUUAAGAAAUUUGGACCUAUUAAACCUCGUGGUGUCCAAGUCAGGAUCCACAAGUUUGAGCACUUCUGCUUUGGGUUUAUUGAGUUUGAGUCACCAGAAUCCAUGAAAGCUGCAAUUGGGGCAUCACCUGUCAUGAUUGGAGACAAACUAGCUGUUGUCAGGGAAAAGAGACCCAAAACACGAGUUUCCAAUGGUGUUCUUAACAAUGGCUAUGGUGAUGGCGGCAAGGGAUACAAUCUUGCAGGAAGGGGUGGGUUCUGGAGUGAUAACUAUAGGGGGCGUGCAAGCUUCAAUGCCAACCAGGGAUAUGGAAAGAACGAGUUUAAGAAUUCGGGUGAGAAUUCAGGCCGCAGCCAGCAUCCUCCAUGCUAAAAGCAGUGGGUGGCAGGAUGAACCACCCUGAUGUGACAAAUCAAACUGCUGUUACAGCAUAAAAAGAUCAAGACAACAGAACACCUAGAUUAGAACAAGAAAAUGGUUACCUUUUUUCUUAAGAGUAGGAAAGAAUUUGUUCUUUGAUGAGGUAUAUGGCCAGUUUUAUCUGAUUAUUUGGUUACCAGACUGGACAACUAGUUCAUUUUUUGUAUCCAGGCUUUCUGCUCAAGAUUUUGGUAGCAAGGUGCUAUUAAUUAAAUUAAAUUUGCUUAAA